AUGCUUCUUACUGCAAAGGUUCGAGGAGGAGGUUUCUUUGGUGGCGGCAAGGCAAGUCCGUCUCCAUCGUCCAAUUUCGUUGAUUCUAUGGUGUCAGGAAUGGGAGAGAAGUUUCAAGAAACCCUGGAAACAGGAGUCCCCACACAGAUUACGUAUGGUUUUAUUGCCGGAUAUUGUUCCGGUAUGGCAAUGAAACGAGUAGGUCAGGCAGCUGCCACUGUCCUCGGUAUCGGAUUUGUAACACUGCAAACACUCAACUAUUACGGAUAUAUUGAGAUUUCUCACGACAAGUUCAAGAGUACCGUAGAAAAUGCCUUGGACCUGAACAAGGACGGAAAGGUGGACAAGAGUGAUAUUCAGCGAUCAUUCGACAAAUUGAUGGGGGUUCUAAGUUACAAUGUUCCAUCGGGAGGAGGUUUUGUGGCAGGAUUCCUUGGAGGAGUCCGGUCGUAG